ACAGGCUGCUGCCCCACGGUGUCGUCUUAUCUGUUCAUCAAGGAGGAACUCUGCCUUCUUGGGGGCGGGUACUGCCGAGCAGGUUUUCAGGAAACAUGAGUAGGCUAUUAUCAGGAAGUAAGAGUUUUUCAGAUUUGUUGUUUCGCAUGUGAUGAGUUAAGCAUUACGUCGUUUUAUACAUGUUAAAGGCACGAUCAUCAUUGUUGUUACCAAAAUAGAGAGUUUCCCCUUAGGUUUUGUCUUUCCUGGGCUGUGCGUACGACCUCCAAGGCCAAAGACCAUGAACCGCGCGCCCUUGCAGCAGCCCCAGAGCUGCGGGUCCUGGGAGCUGAAGGAGCGACUAGGCACCGGGGGCUUUGGGAAUGUCACCAGGUGGCAGAACAAGGUAGCCAUUCCCGGUGUGCGUGUGUUUAUGUAUGACAGUCAAAUAUGUUUUCCUUUACCUCCCCUCCAGGCGCCAGAGCUGAUUGAGAGGCAGAAGUACACGGUCACGGUGGACUACUGGAGUUUUGGCACGUUGGUGUUUGAGUGCAUCACAGGAUUCCGCCCCUUCUUACCAACCUGGCAACCUGUUCUCUGGCACAACAAACUGAGGUUGAAACAAGAUCACGACAUCGUGGUGUACGAGGACCUGAGCGGCGAAGUCCGCUUUUCUAAACAUCUGCCCCCGCCAAAUAAUCUAAACAGUCUGUUGUUGGAGAGGAUGGAAAAGUGGCUGCAGCUGAUGCUGAAGUGGUCUCCACAGGAGCGAGGCAAAGACCCCAACUCCACAUCGGGCAACUGCUUCUCCCAGCUGGAGACCAUCCUGGAGCUCAAGCUGGUCCAUGUGCUCAACAUGGUCUCCGGCAAGAUAUUCUCCUACUCGGUCACGGCCGGUGAGACAGUGACUGACCUACAGCUGCGAAUAGAGCAGGACACAGGCAUCCCUCCAGCCAAUCAGGAACUGCUCCUAGAAACCGGGGUGGCACUGGAGUCUGGCAAAGAGGCCCUGCAGUGUGCCGUGGACUACACGGAGAUAGACGGCCGGCGAACAGACAUGCCUCUGGUCUUCCUAUUCGACCGGUCCUCCUGCAGCUACGAGCCACUGUUCACCCCCCGUACCCUCCCGGAGAACAUCCGCUUCGUCCAGACGGACCCCAAGCACAUGCUGCCCUACAGCCCACUGAGGAGGACGUGCGGCCAGGCGUGGCAGACCAUUCGCUCCCUGAAGGAGGACUGGCAGAGGCUGCAGCAGGGCCAGAAAGCGGCCAUUAUGAGCCUGCUGAGACACAACUCGUCGCUGUCCAAGCAGAAGAACGAGAUGGUGUCCAUGAACCAGAGACUCACGGCCAAGCUGGAGUUCUUCACCACCAGUCUGAGCAUCGACAUGGAGAAGUACCAGGAGCAACGGGCCGCCGGGAUCGCGUCAGAGAAGCUCCUAAGUGUGUGGAAGGAGAUGGAGCAGACGGCUGCCAGCUGUGGCCAGGCCAGGGUGAGUGAGCUGGAAGAGGAGAUGAUGAUGCUGCAGACCGACAUCGUGGAGCUGCAGAGACAGCCAUGGAGGAGUGGAGAGGUUCUGGAGACCCUUGAAGGAAAAGCCAUGGAACUCUUCAGGAAGCUCAGAGAGAAACCCAGAGAACAGAGGUGCUCGGGGGACAGUCAGGAGGUAGUUCGUCUGGUGGUGCAGGCUCUGCAGUUCUAUGAGAGGAAACUUAGAGACUUCUACACUCACCUGAGUAAGACAGUCGUGUGCCGCCAGCGUGUGAUGGAGCUGCUGCCAAAGGUGGAGGGCGUGGUCCAGAGGAUGGCUGAGAGCGAGCAGGUCCUUAUGGGACUCCAGGAGAAACGCCAGAGGGAACUGUGGGAUCUGCUCAAAGUGGCCUGCAGUAAAGUCCGCAGCCCAGUCAGCGGGAGUCCCGAUGGUAUGAGAACCCCCUCUUCAGUACCCCAACUCCUGACCCCAAGACAGAGCCUGCAGAAUCCGUCGUCUGACGGUCCUCCUCUCAGAGAUGAGCCGCUGGUGGAGCAGAGCAGGAUGUUCGAGAGCCGCCUGCAGUGUCUGCUGAAGGACACCAUCCAGGAGUCAGAGAGCUCCAUGGAGAUGCUGAGAGAGUGGACAUGGAUGAAUGGCGGGCAAGAUUUCUCCAGCGAUCUCUCCAGCGAUCUCUCCUAAGUGUCUUGUAACUGUACUCUUUUGUAAUGUGGUACUCUGCUGCCCCUCUGUGGAGAUGUGGGUGAAAUACGUUCUGGUUUGAUAAAUAAGAGUCGAUGAUCAUCCUUGGUCUGUUACUAGACGAGGUUCGGGCUGUGAGAUUUGCAAGUGACCAAACGGAUGCAGACGCUUACAGAAUAAACUUUUUUUGCCCGAUAUGUCAAAGUCAAAGUAAUUGCCUUGGUGCAUUUCACUUCACUAAUGUAUGUAGAAUAAGGUACAAAAAGAAUGCACAUGUAUAAUGAAUAUUUGGAGACAGUGCAAACCAUCUAUACUAUUAGAUAAAUAGACAUAUAUAUAUUUAUAUAUAUAUACAGAUUUCACAAAACAUGUGAAUAACUUGGAAACAAGUGGGUACAUUUAUGUUUCAUCAAAAUGUCUUUAAAAAAAGUCAUUAUUUUCCCCUUUUUUUUUUCCAGUAUGGAAAUAUUGUUGUAACUUUGCCAUUGUUAAGAUGUUCAAUAUUUGUACUGUUUCUUAAUUUACAUUAUCUUUAGACCAAAAUGUAUGUUAAGAAAAUCUCAGGUGUCAUUCACUCAUGUAUAUUUUGAUUUAAUUAUUAAGGCCUAAAUUAUGCUGUUGCAAUGCUGAACAACCCUUUCCACAGAUGUAUACCUUCAAUCUCAAGUCAAACUACACAAAUAACAAAGUAGAACCAUUCUCUGCUCUGGUUUGGUUUAUGCAGCUGCUUCAAUGUUUAAAUAACAAUGCCGUUAAGAUAGUUUUACAGAUCAUGGUGUUGAGGGAUUUCAGUGUAACCCCAAAAUAAAUUUGAUACAUUUCUAUACUUGGCUUAGUUGUUGUAAACACUUCAUUCCAAGUGACGUGUUGUCGUAAAAAUAUAUAUAUUUUGUGGAGAUACGAGCCAGAAAAUAUAUUUUUUGUGAAAGAAAAAGGUUGAAAUAUUUAAUAGAGCCGGUUAAAAGAAUGAUUGAAAAUUAUUUUUACCAUACAUACAAAUGACCAUUUAUUCUGUUGG